GCGUCUGCGUUUUAAAAAAUUCUCCUCUAUGCGUGGAAAGUUUUAUUACUUCUCUCCUGACGAAUCCCAGAGUCUGUACUUUGUUGAACUUGCCUCCAAUUAAAGAAAAUCUGCAAAUCAGAAAUCUCAUUUCGCCGUCUUCUGGAUGCAGCAGAUGUCUUCCUGAAUCGCAGAUAGAUCGGUUAGUUUCGCCCUCGCCGCCGCAGCAUCCGAGAGUCAUGAACACGCCGCCGAGUCCUCGCGCCGCGCCUUUCGUACAAACCGAGAUUAACUGGGACAAGCUUGACAAGAAGAGGUUUUACGUGGUUGGAGCUGGACUCUUCACUGGCGUUACAGUAGCUCUCUACCCUGUCUCCGUUGUCAAAACACGCCUUCAAGUCGCUUCCAAAGACGUUGCUGAGAAAAGCGCUUUCUCUGUGGUCAAAGGGAUUCUCAAGAACGACGGCGUUCCUGGUCUCUACCGAGGCUUCGGCACUGUAAUCACAGGCGCAGUACCUGCGAGGAUCAUAUUCCUCACUGCUCUGGAGACCACGAAGAUCUCGGCUUUUAAGUUGGUUGCGCCCUUUGAGUUUAGUGAGCCCACGCAAGCUGCUAUUGCUAAUGGCAUGGCGGGGAUGACAGCUUCUCUUUUCUCGCAGGCCGUUUUUGUUCCUAUUGAUGUUGUUAGUCAGAAGUUGAUGGUGCAAGGAUACUCAGGUCAUGCUACGUACACUGGUGGUAUUGAUGUUGCAACAAAAAUCAUCAAGUCGUAUGGCGUGAGGGGAUUAUACAGAGGGUUUGGCUUGUCUGUCAUGACUUAUUCUCCUUCGAGUGCUGCUUGGUGGGCCAGCUAUGGAUCAAGCCAGCGUGUUAUCUGGAGACUCUUAGGCUAUGGUAGUGACUCGGAGGCUACUGUUCCUCCUAGUCAGUCAAAAAUAGUACUUGUCCAAGCCUUGGGAGGAAUCAUCGCCGGUGCAACAGCCUCCUCAAUCACAACGCCAUUGGAUACAAUCAAAACGCGGCUGCAGGUAAUGGGACACCAAGAAAAUAGACCAUCAGCGAAACAAGUGGUGAAGGAUCUGAUAGCACAAGAUGGGUGGAAAGGAUUCUAUAGGGGUUUGGGUCCAAGAUUCUUCAGCAUGUCCGCUUGGGGAACGUCAAUGAUAUUGACUUACGAAUAUCUAAAGCGUCUGUGUGCAGUAGAAGAUUAGAGAAAGCCUCACUACUGUUCGUUGGUUCUUCUCCUUCAGACUAACUCGAAUAGUAAGCAUAAACCCGAUUCAAUUCUCGGUUAUUUGGGAGCUUCCGUGUUUGACAAUCGGACCAUUCUUUCAGUCUGAGUUCCGUUAUUGUAAUCAUUCUUUCAACUCUGCGUAUUGGAGUGUUUUCUUACAGCAGAUAAAAUUCUAGAUCAUGGUCUUCUGCUUUGAGUUAAGAAGCUUCACAACUUUGAAUAUAGCACUAUAAUAAUAAAAUCCCAUUUGCGAACA